CUAAAUGUUUAUCGUUAGUUGCUAAUAUACAAGUUGUGGACAAGUCGAGAUGUUGAAAUUAUUUAGACUACUUGUGGUUGGAGCAUUUGCCUUCAUUGUGGCUCAUCCAUUUGAUGGUAAAGAUUCCAACAAGUUUUUGGUAAAUUAUCAAGGUCGUUUUUUGGGUAAAAUACAUAAUUCUUGGUGUAAUUCUCAGUGUGGAAAUAAUCAAACUUUUGUUCCAAUGUAUGUUAAAAUAAAAUGUGAAAAAACAUGUCGUCCAAAUACAUAUAAUGGUUUAUCAGGCACUUCAAUAUCAAAUAAUAAAAUAAAAGAUGAUAAAAAUACAACAACAAAUAGUAAAAAAGAAGAAGAAAUAAUUCAAAAAAUGACAAAUGCUAGAAGAUUUAUUGAUGAAGCUGAACUUUAUUCUUUAAAAGCUGAACGUGCAGUAAAAUCAGCAGAAAAAUUUGAAAUGAUUGCAAAUUUAAUAAUUGAAUCAGACAAAUCAAAUCCAGGAAAAGUUUCAGAUAGUUCAUUUAACUCUAUUAAAACAUUACAAAAAGAUAUUAAAAAACAAUCAGAUUUAACAAAGACUUACAAAAAAAAUACUGAUAUUGUAGCAAAUAAAGCCAAGUCGGAGAUAUCUGAUGCACUAAGAGCAGCAAGUGACAGUGAAUUGAGUUCAUCAACAAAAGCAAUGAUAGAAGAAAGCAAUGGUUUAUUAAUUAGAAUUGACGAAAUUAUAGAACAAGCUGAGGCAAGUGUUAAUCAAGCAAAAAAUAUUGAAAAAAAUGCAGAUCAGUUUCCUACAAUGAGAGCUACAACUAUUGCCAGUGUUACUACACCAACACCAACGACAACAACAACAACAACAGCAGCAACAACAACAACAACAGUAGCAUCAGCGGGUUAAUCAAAAGCUUUAAAAUAUUUAACUGCUUAUAAUGGAAUUGUCAAUAUAUAUUUAUCAACAAGAAAA